CUUUUCUAUGGCCUUUCCUGAAUUAUGAAUUGAUUACUUUGGAAAGACCGACCAAAUCAAACAACAAUCCCUCUUCUUCUUUGCUCUCUCUCCUCGCCGGCGUUGUGGUGGCUGUCUCGCCGGCGUUCGCUUAGCCGUGUCAAUUCAUCGGAACUUUGGUUCUCUGAAUCUACGGUGGAGAGGAAGGGCGAUAGUGAUUAGUGAGAAAGUUUCCUCAUUAAUUGGGGAAAAAUGGCGAGACUGCAGCUGAACUUGACGACGGCCAUGGAGAUGGGCGUUACGGCAUCCAGCUGGUGGAAUGACAUCAACGAAUCUACUUUUUGGCAGGAUCGGAUUUUCUACUCUCUCUGUGCUGUAUACGCGAUAGUCUCCGCCGUUGCUUUGAUUCAAUUGAUUAGGAUCGAACUGAGAGUUCCUGAAUAUGGUUGGACAACACAGAAGGUUUUCCAUCUAAUGAACUUCAUCGUCAAUGGAGUACGCGCAAUUGUGUUUGGGCUCCACAAGCAAGUGUUUAUUUUGCAACCAAAAGUUCUACUGUUGUUAUUAUUGGAACUUCCUGGUCUUCUUUUUUUCUCAACGUACACACUCCUAGUCCUCUUCUGGGCAGAGAUAUACCACCAGGCAAGAAGUCUGCCAACAGAUAAACUACGAACAGUGUACAUUUCAGUCAACAGUGUGAUAUAUCUUAUACAGGUUUGCAUUUGGAUAUACAUCGGGGUGGAUGACAACAGCCUGGUGGAAUUCAUUGGAAAAAUUUUCAUUGCAGUGGUGUCGUUCAUAGCUGCAGUAGGCUUCUUGAUAUAUGGUGGAAGAUUAUUUUUCAUGCUUAGACGUUUUCCGAUUGAAUCUAAAGGGAGAAGGAAGAAACUUCAUGAGGUUGGAUCUGUAACCGCCAUAUGCUUCACCUGCUUCCUCAUUCGAUGCUUUGUGGUUGCUUUAUCCGCUUUUGAUGCAAAUGCAUCACUUGACGUUUUAGAACACCCCCUUCUGAAUUUCAUCUACUACUCGUUGGUCGAAAUUCUGCCUUCAGCAUUAGUUCUUUACAUAUUACGCAAAUUGCCUCCUAAGAGAAUAUCAGCUCAAUACCACCCCAUUCGCUAGUUAAUAUGCAUGUUUCAUUCUGAACACGUCCGCCCCUCCUUGGGUCUAAUGUAUGAAGAGGUGGGUCUAAUGUGGUAUUCUGCUGUAGCAUGUGAGGUCAAAGAAAGACCAAGCUGUUUGCUGCUGGCUGAGAGAUAUUAUGUAGCUCUUCCCCCGGUGUUGUUUGAUUAGAACAACUCAUUCUAUUUGAUCUAAAUGUGCAAAAUUAGAUUUCUGUAAGGUGAAGCAUUGUGUUUUGAUCUUGUAUCCAAGUGUCGAGGAAUCAGAGAACCGCUUGUAAUUUAUUUUUGCUUGUUGAUGUUCUUGUUUGUGAUUUUGUUAAGUAUUUGUAAAGAAGUGAUGAAGUAGAUUGAUUUGCG